UUUUUUUUAAGUGUUGUCAUUUCUUGUCGCGCGUAAACCGCAGUGGGGGAAGCCGCGUUUUUAUGCACGGAGCUGCGUGCACAUUUCCAGCCAUAUAAUUACAGCCAUACACAUCACCGCAAAGAUGCACAUUUUGACCAAAUAAUCUGACAGCGGGCUUUCCCAGAAAGGUCCCACCCGGAGGACGAGCACAUCGGAACUCAAAAUCCAGAGAUGGCACGGCUGUUGUUGCUGAUAAUCCUCUGUACACUUCCAUCUGUUGUUGUGCCUAUACGUAACUCAUCAACUGAAGGCUGUGCCAUCAUCCGGCCUCCUAGAGAUGGAGGGAUCCGCUACAGAGGCCUGACACAAGAGCAGAUCCGCAGUGUGCAGAUUUUGCCAGUGGAUUAUGAGAUCGAGUACAUCUGCAGAGGAAACAGAGUGAUUGUGGGGCCCAAAGUCAGAAAGUGCUUACUCAACGGCACGUGGACAGACAUGACGCAGCCCAGCAGAUGUAUGCUGGUGUGUCCUCGGGUGUGGACUUCCCUGGAGAACGGACGGGUGACGUCAAAACCUCCAGGGCUGCCAUUGGAGGGGGUAGUGCUCCAUUACACCUGCAACGCCGGAUUUAAACUGGAAGGCAGAAACAUCAGCCACUGUACAAAGUUGGGCAAGUGGGACUCGCCGAAACCCACGUGCCUCUAUGACAGAACUUACAAAGGCAAGAAGAAGCUGUACAUCGGAGCUCUGUUCCCCAUGAGCGGAGGCUGGCCCGGCGGACAGGCGUGCUUGCCGUCCGCUCAGAUGGCUCUGGACCUGGUGAACAACAGGAGCGACAUCCUGCCCGACUACGAGCUGGAGCUGAUCUACUACGACAGCAUGUGUGACCCGGGCGAAGCUACCAAGUUACUGUAUGACCUUCUCUACAAUGAGCCCAUCAAGAUCGUCCUGAUGCCUGGCUGCAGCGGCGUCUCCACACUUGUGGCCGAAGCUGCUCGUAUGUGGAACCUCAUAGUGUUGUCAUAUGGCUCCAGCUCACCAGCGCUGUCCAACCGUCAACGUUUUCCCACCUUCUUCCGCACGCAUCCAUCAGCCACCCUGCACAACCCAACCAGGGUGCAACUUUUCCUAAAGUGGAAGUGGACCCGCAUUGCCACCAUCCAGCAGACGACUGAAGUGUUCACCUCAACUCUGGAUGAUCUGGAGCAGAGGGUGAAGGAGGCAGGCAUCGAGAUCAGCGUUCGCCAGAGCUUCCUCACCGACCCAGCUGUCGCUGUCAAGAAUCUCAAGCGCCAGGAUGCACGCAUCAUCGUAGGCCUCUUUUAUGAGACUGAAGCCAGGAAGGUGUUUUGUGAGGUGUUCAAGGAGAAGCUCUAUGGGAAGAAGUAUGUGUGGUUUCUGAUUGGCUGGUAUGCAGACAACUGGUUCAAGAUCAAAGAUCCGGCUAUUAACUGUACAGCGGAGAACAUGACGGAGGCCGUGGAGGGUCACGUCACCACUGAGAUCGUCAUGCUGAAUCCUGAGACCGUCCGCGGCGUCUCAAACUUGACCUCACAGGAGUUUUUGACUACACUCAUGUCUCGUCUGGGUGGGAAGAACCCCGAAGAGACCGGCGGGUUUCAAGAGGCUCCUCUGGCCUAUGAUGCAGUGUGGGCUCUGGCACUUGCCCUUAAUAAGACUGUGGGUCCACUAAAGGCCAAAGGCAGACGCCUGGAGGAAUUUAACUACAACAACCAUGACAUCACCUCUGAGAUCUACAGGGCGCUCAACACAAGCUUGUUCGAAGGUGUUUCGGGCCAGGUAGUGUUUGAUGCCCAGGGUUCCAGGAUGGCCAUGACGCUGAUCGAACAACUCCAAGGCGGCAGCUAUAAGAAGAUUGGUUACUAUGACAGCUCCCAGAAAAAUCUCUCCUGGUUUGGCAAUGACAUUUGGAUAGGCGCUGGACCUCCGGCUGACCGGACAGUGGUUAUCGAAGAAUACAGGUUUUUGUCUCAAAAGCUGUUUGCAUCUGUGUCUGUCUUCGCUGGCUUUGGGAUCCUGCUUGGAAUCGUCUGUCUGACCUUCAACAUCUACAACAACAAUGUCCGCUACAUCCAGAACUCUCAGCCGUAUCUGAACAACAUGACAGCAGUGGGCUGCAUGAUGGCUCUGGCUGCAGUGUUCCCUCUGGGGAUUGAUGGCCACCAUGUCCACAGAUCCCAGUUUCCUGUUGUGUGCCAGUUCCGCCUGUGGCUGCUCGGCCUGGGCUUCAGCCUGGCAUAUGGCAGCAUGUUCACCAAGAUCUGGUGGGUCCACACCCUCUUUACAAAGAAGGAUGAGAAGAAGGAGAAGAAGAAGCAAUUGGAGCCGUGGAAACUCUACGCAACAGUGGGAGUGCUGCUGGCUAUCGACUUCUUGUCACUCAUGAUCUGGCAGAUUGUGGAUCCUCUGCACAUCACAGUGGAGAAGUUCACUAAGGAAGCCCCUAAAGAAGAUUUGGAUGUCCUGAUUCAGCCCUUGCUGGAGCACUGCAACUCAGAGAAGAUGAACACAUGGCUGGGUGUGGUUUAUGGCUACAAGGGUCUGUUGUUGCUUCUGGGCAUAUUUCUGGCUUAUGAGACCAAGUCUGUCUCCACAGAAAAGAUCAAUGACCAUCGCGCCGUGGGGAUGGCUAUUUACAACGUUGCUGUGCUAUGCCUGAUCACGGCUCCAGUCACGAUGAUCCUGUCGUCACAGCAGGACGCCUCUUUUGCUUUUGCCUCUCUGGCAGUCGUCUUCUCUGCCUACAUCACGCUGGUGGUGCUUUUUGUACCCAAGAUGCGGCGUCUGAUCACCCGCGGUGAGUGGCAGUCGGAGCAGCAGGACACUCUGAAGACAGGCUCAUCCACCAACAACAACGACGAGGAGAAGUCCAGGCAGCUGGAGAGAGAGAACCGGGAGCUGCAGAAGAUCAUCCAGGAGAAAGAGGAGAGGGUGUCAGCACUCCGCAACCAGCUGGCUGAGCGCCAGGCUUUGCGUAGCCGCCGUCGCCCCUCAGUGGGCCAGAAUCAGAACCACAACGCACAGCCCCCAUCAUCCCAACCGGAUCCGAAAUCCUUGCUUCCUCCACCCGGCUACCCCAACCCCACCACUGACAAUCACUCCAUUCCGGCCUCCUUCUCCAACACCUCCAACCUCUACCCGGCAGACAGCAAGGUGAGCCGCAACCACUGCCACAACAGCCAGAUCCCUCUGCUGUAUAAGUAGGUGAGGCACGGGGCGGCGGAACGGUGGUGAUGGGAGGGGUCAGCGGUACAGUGCACACAAAAAACAAGGAGAAACACUGUGACUUUGAGCACAGCGGUGAAGUGACACUGUUUCAAAGCACAACUAGUACACAGCAGGACUUUACACUUGGCAGCUUUGUGGCGAGUCACCCACUUAACACCAGU